CGUUCAUGCGCACUACCGCCGUCAUCAUGUCGCUCACGAAGUCAGUCUACAACCUGCUCUUCAGGAGAACUUCGUCUUUCGCUAUAACCAUCAUGGUUGGCGCAGUCUUCUUUGAACGACUAUUUGACCAAGGUGGCAACGCGAUUUUUGAGCAAAUGAAUCGCGGGAAACUAUGGAAACACAUCAAACACAACUACGAGAACAAAGACGAGGAAUAGGAGGCGAAGCGGGGUUAUCUAAGGCCGAAGUGCAACGGUUGUCACACUUCCAUGAUCCAUCCCUCCUGGACUCCUCACCUUGAAUCAAGCAGCAGUCAACAUGGACUAUGUGUACAAAUUCAUGCUGUCUACCAGAGGCUACCAGAGAUCCCCUGCGAGCUGAAAGAUUGCCCAGACCACCUAGGAGAUGGAGCAAUGGUUCCUGUCACCUCGUCCCGGCCCUUCCUUGUGUUGUUAUUUGUCAUGCCUUCAUUCACUUCACAGAUUGUAAAUGCUUAAAUUAAAACAUGUUUUAAUGUCCGA